UAUCCCAUCACCUAUACACAACCGAGGAUACAGUUACUUGUACUUUCAUUUUCAGCUGACCUUCCUUCAGGCAAGGAUGCUCCGUCUUUUCCUACUGGUGGCGUUAUGCCACGCAAUUUCGGCAUUACCGUAUGCCCAGGAAGCGAACGAGGUGUAUCGAGACAUGGAACUGCUGGAACGCCUUUUGGAGCUAGAAAACUCGCACGAUAACCUUGAAUCCAGAGGAUUCGAAGGGGAAAAAGAAAUGAACUUGGCUGGCAGACACAAAUCGCAGUCCUCUGCUCCCAUAAAUAAAGACGAGGUGGAGAUGGCGGCAAAGGCUAUCGAUGGGCGAUACGAUGACGCCAACUUGCUGGACGAAAACGGGGAAGUGGACGGUGGAAGUUGCACAGUUGGACGAGGACCCGAGGCGAAUCCUCACUGGGUUCUGCUUCUCGGCGGUGACCACUGCAUCACUAAGGUCAGCAUCCUGAAUCGUGGGGACGGCCACAGUGAACGUUUGACGGGAGCUGUUGUCAGAGUUGGUCGAGAACCGUCUCUCGAAUUAGAUGAUAACACCGGCUGUGACUCGCCUGUGACUGCUGAACAAGCUGCAGUACCCGGUGGCACGGUUGACUUUGAAUGCAGUCAGCCAGUCCUAUCGAGAUACGUCAUCAUUGGUAUUCCCUCAGACAACGCUAUAAUACAGUUGUGUGAGGUGAGGGUUUGGGAGGUUCCACUGGAGCAAUGCUUACCAGGACCGGAGGGGCAACAGGAGUUGAACGUCGUCGGUGGGGAUGCUGAACAAAGUUUCCGUUUUAAAGGGCUUAAUACAACGCAGUGGGCUUCAAAAGCUGUGGAUGGUCAAUAUGAUAACGACAUGUUUGUUGACUCCCAGGGAGAAGUUGAAGGUGGAAGCUGUUCAUUCACAGGUCCCGAAGAAAAUUCGUGGUGGAAAUUGAACCUGGGUGAGAUGCACUGCAUCAGCAGGGUCAGCGUUUUGACUGGAACGGGUGGAGCUGGUUUGGCAGCGGAUGCUGUCGUGAAUGUAGGGAUAGGACCAUCGACAGUCAACAGUCAGUGCGGUUCACCUGUCAGUAGCAGUCAAGCUGCAGCGGGCGGCACCACCUAUUUUAAUUGCAACCCACCCAUCAAGGCGGAUACCCUCAUCAUAAGUACUGCUCGCCCUGCAAUGAUGCUUGUGUGCGAGACUAGAGUGUAUGAAGUUCCAAUGGACCAAUGCAACCAAGGUCGCGAGUUGCAAACAGAGUUGAAUAUUGUUGGAUCAGAUGUUAGCCAAGCAUCUGUCACGGGCGAGUUUAACGCAUCAAAAGCUGUCGAUGGACGGUAUGACGAUGGCAAAAUGAUUCAUGAUGUUGACGUCGAAGGCGGCAGCUGUUCCAUGACAGGUUUUCAAGAAGAUCCUUAUUGGAGAUUAGCCCUCAACGAGAGUCACUGCAUCAGCAGAGUCAGCAUUCUCAAUCGUGCAGACGGCCAAAGUGAGCGUCUAUUUGGUGCUACCGUUACUGCCGUUGGGAGUGGAGACUCAAUUCAAACAUGUGGCUCUUCUGUGACAGCCGAGCAAGCAGCUGUGCCUGGUGCAACCAUCCUCAUCGACUGUGACUCACCGAUACUGGCCAACGUGCUCAGGAUUUCAAUCGAUUCUUCAAACGCCUCAUUGCAGAUGUGUGAGGUCAGAGUUUGGGAGGUACCUUUGGACCAGUGCCCAGGAACUGAUAUGGACGAGUGUGCUAGUGUGCCAUGCCAGAAUGGUGCCGAGUGCGUGAAUGGUGUCAACAAGUUCUCAUGCGUGUGUGCUGCCGGAUUUACUGGAGAUCUCUGCGAAACCGGUAGUUCUACUGUAAAUAUUGGAGAAACGGAGGUGAAUAUCACAGGCAGUCAAGCAUUUCAAAGCUCCGCUGUCGGCGAGCGAAACAGUAACAAGUUUGCCAAGAAGGUUGUUGAUGGUCGAUAUCACGACACCAAGUUGCUCGGUGAAGAUGGAGAAAUGUACGGAGGGAGUUGCACGAUUACUGAGGCUGAGGAAAACCCCCACUUAGGAAUAGUUCUCGACAAGCCACGCUGCAUCAGCAGAGUCAGUAUCUUGAACCGUGGUGACGGUGAUAGUGAGCGUUUGACGGGCACCAUCGUCAAAGUUGGGAAUUCAGGGGGAUUUGAAUUGAAUUGGAACACUGUUUGCGGCUCGCCUGUGACGGCUGAACAGGCUGCUGUACCCGGUGGAACGGUGGAUUUCAAAUGCAGUCAGCUACCGGGUUUGUCGCAGGCCAUCAUCAUUGGUAUUCCCUCUCCCAAUGCUACCUUGCAGCUGUGUGAGGUCAGAGUUUGGGAAUUACCCAUCGAUCAAUGCAAGAAAGAUGCUAGUCUUGGUUGCGCUCCAAACCCGUGCGUAAACGCAGAAUGUGCACCAGGACCUGAUGGGCAAGCAUUCUGCAAAUGCUUUGAUGGACAAAACGGCGACUUCUGUGAAGCGACGGCAAUGGGAGUACGCUGCGAGCCAAGCUCUGACGAAGAUCGCUACAUCUACGAUCAGUAUGAGGGUAACAUACAGUCGCCGGGGUACCCUGAACCGUACGGAAUCAAUCUACGAUGUCCUUACAUCAUCGGCUCUCCUGAUGCAAAGAUGAUCGAGCUAAGAUUUGAUGAUGUAGAUGUGAAUUUUAAGAUGAAUAACUUCCUAGUCUACCAGCCAGGUGGUACAUUGUCCAGUAGGAGUGACGAUGCGGUAAGGCUUAAGAACUUUCCAAACGAGACGAUUGUGGUGAAUGACAACAAGGUGUGGAUAUUCUUCCAGACAACGUACGCCAACCAGGACAAGCAAAAAGGCUUUAGAUUGCACUUCCGAAUCUUAACCGAUGAGUGUGGCAGCGAUCCAUGUCAGAAUGGUGCCGAGUGCAUGAAAGGGGACAAAGCGUUUUCAUGCGCGUGUGUUGCAGGAUUUACUGGACAACUCUGCGAAACCGAUAUUGACGAGUGUGGCAGCGAUCCAUGCCAGAAUGGUGCCGAGUGCGUAGAUGCUGUCAAUGGAGUUUCAUGCACAUGCGCUGCAGGAUUUACUGGACCUCUCUGCGAAACCGAUAUUGACGAGUGUGGCAGCGAUCCAUGCAAGAAUGGUGCCGAGUGCGUGGAUGGUGUCAACGAGUUUUCCUGCAUGUGUGCUGCGGGAUUUACUGGACCCUUCUGCGAAACCGAUAUUGACGAGUGUGCUAGCGAUCCAUGCCAAAAUAGUGCCGAGUGCGUGGAUGGUGUCAACGAGUUCUCCUGUACAUGUGCUGCAGGAUUUACUGGACCUAUGUGUGAAACUGGUAUCGACGAGUGUGGCAGCGAUCCAUGCCAGAAUGGUGCCGAGUGCGCAGAUGGUGACAACGAGUUUUCGUGCACAUGUGCUGCAGGAUUUACUGGGCCUCUCUGUGAAACGGAUAUCGAUGAGUGUGGCAGCAGCCCUUGCCAGAAUGGCGUCUGUCGUGACAAAGUGAACGGUUUCAGCUGUGAAUGCUCCCCAGGCUUCGAGGGUAAACUAUGCGAGACAAAUAUAAAUGGGUGUAAGGACAGUCCUUGCAAGAAUGGCGUAUGUCAUGACGAAUUUGACGGUUUCAGCUGUGAAUGCUCCCCAGGAUACGAGGGUACAUUUUGUGAGACCCAUACUAACGAGUGUGCUAGCGAUCCAUGCAAGAAUGGUGGCGAGUGCGUGGAUGGUGUCAACGAGUUUUCAUGCACGUGUGCUGCAGGAUUUACUGGAACCCUUUGUGAAACCGGAAUUGAUGAGUGUGGCAGCAGUCCUUGCCAGAAUGGUGUGUGUCAAGACGAAGUGAACGGUUUCAGCUGUGAAUGCUCCCCAGGCUACGAGGGUCAACUAUGCGAGACAAAUAUAAAUGGGUGUGAGGGCAGCCCUUGCCAGAAUGGCGUCUGUCAUGACGAAGUGGACGGUUUCAGCUGUAAAUGCUCCCCAGGCUUCGAGGGUACCUUGUGCGACUCAAAUGUUGACGAGUGUGGCAGUGAUCCAUGCCAGAAUGGUGCCGAGUGCGUGGAUGGUGUCAACGAGUUUGCAUGCACGUGUGCUGCAGGAUUUACUGGACCUCUCUGCGAAACCGAUAUCGACGAGUGUGGCAGCGAUCCAUGCCAAAAUGGUGCCGAGUGCGUGGAUGGUGGCAACGAGUUUUCUUGCACGUGCGCUGCAGGAUUUACUGGAGAUCUUUGUGAUAAAGAUAUCGAUGAAUGUGAGAGCAACCCUUGCCAGAAUGGCGUCUGUCAUGACGAAGGUAACGGUUUCAGCUGUGAAUGCUCUGCAGGCUACAGGGGCACCCUAUGCAAGACCGUUUUUGUCUCAGAUAAAAAUGGGUGCAAGAACAGUCCUUGCAAGCACGGCAACUGUCUUGACGAGGUGGACGGUUUCAGCUGUGAAUGCUCCCCAGGCUACGAGGGUACUUUAUGCAAGAUUGAUACCGAUGAGUGUGCAAGCGACCCUUGCCAGAAUGAAGGUGUUUGUGUUGACGAAGUGAAUGGUUUCAGCUGUCAAUGUUCCCCUGGCUACGCGGGUGACUUAUGUGAGACUAAUAUCGACGAGUGCGCCAGCAAUCCAUGUCAGAAUGGUGCCGAGUGUGUGGAUGGUGUCAACGAGUUCUCAUGCACGUGUGCUGCAGGAUUUACUGGAGCUCUCUGCGAAACUGCCAUAGCCGAACGCGUUGAACCGGCCAAUUCAUGCGACAGCAGUCCUUGCCAGAAUGGCGUCUGUCGUGACGAAGUGGACGGUUUCAGCUGUGAAUGCUCCCAAGGCUACGAGGGUACCUUAUGCGACUCUGAAAUGAAAGCUACCUAUGCAUGUACCAGCAAUCCAUGCAAGAAUGGCGUGUGUAUAAACUACGGGGCCAAGUUCCAGUGUGUUUGCUCCCUUGGCUUCACGGGCACUUUGUGCGAAAUCGGCUCAGCUGAACCUGUUGAACCGGUCAAUGCUUGCCACAGCAACCCUUGCAAGAAUGGCGUCUGUCAUAACAAAGUGGACGGUUUCAGCUGUGAAUGCUCCUCAGGCUACGAGGGUACCUUAUGCGAGACCAAAGCUCCCUUUAGAUGUACAACCAAUCCGUGCAAGAAUGGCAUCUGCAUAAACUACGGGGAACAUGGCUUCAUGUGCGCAUGUUCACCAGGAUACCGAGGCACUGCUUGUGAAAUCAAUGUUGACGAGUGUAGCAGCGAUCCAUGCCAGAAUGGUGCCGUGUGUGUGGAUGGUAUCAACACAAUCUCUUGCAAGUGUGCCUCAGGAUAUACUGGACGUCUCUGUGAAAUCGAGCAACCCGGAGGACUCCUGGAAAAACCCUCCCAGCUAUCCCUGACUUUGCCAGUUGGUGAAGUAACGGAAACAAACUACUUGCAAGUAAACCUGGUCGCUGAAUACUGCAUCAAGAAGGUCGUCGUCCACAAGCGCGGAGACUGCACGGGUGCUCGUUUGACCGGUGCCGUGGUCCGUGCCGGGACAAGCUCUACCGGGCUCAACAACGGUAUGUGCGGCUCGGCCCUGACCGCCCAGCAAGCCGAAGUACGCCGGUCUACCGUGGACUUUGUGUGCGACCCUCCCUUGACGGCCAAGUUUGUCACCGUGGAUAUCCCAUUGCUGAGGGUAACCAAGCAGCAGAUAUGUGAAGUCACGGUUGAGCAAGGGACCCCAGGACCGUGUUAUGAGUAGGAGGAGUGACAGAUACCAUCAAGAAUGACAAACACAAUGUAAACAGAGCAACGAAAAUCAAAGAGACUUUUAAAAAUAAAUACAGAAUUGUGUACUGAUUAUCCUAAGCAGAUGAGGAAAUUACAUCUUUACGCUUUAUAGUAUAGCGGUGAUGGGGUGUGCAACAAAAUAUACUUUUUCUUUUUUAAUGCUAAAAUGGGUGUCAUUGGCUAGUGUGGUAUUUAGAUUAGGCUUUUCUAUUGAUGUUUAAUGGACACGAAUAUAGCCUUCAACGUAACGACGACAGCCUGUGUUUAUCCCGUUGUAUUUUGAGUAUUAAUGUCGCAAUCAUGGAAAGUAGUUGGUCGUUCUGGUUAAGUUGUGUGCAUUUGAAGGGUCGUACAGAACCGUGUUUUAACCAAUUGAACCCACAUUCGUCGCAUGAUUUGAAAACAUGAAAACAAAACACACAGUCAUGUUUUGCAUCAAGUGUAAGCUGACAUGCAUAAAACCCGGAAAUGUACCAUGUUAAUAAGGAGCACAUACUUCAAGGAAAUAUUAAGGAUAUAACUGGCAUGAUCACUGGCUCAGAGAAUGCAUCGCGGUAAACUGUCAGUGACGUCAUUCCCUGUCCUUUGUGUCACUAGGUUUUAAGUUUACCAAUUUAUACCUUGUUUUCUUUAAUCCUUUAGCGGCGGUGGAUGAAUUCAUUUUCAUAACCAAGUUCGUUUAUUUAGUGUAAUUCAAAUAAAAUUCAAGUAUAUU